CUCAUCGUCCCCAGCGAAAGCGCGUGAACUCUUCCUCCUCCUCCUUCUCCUCCCUCAUCGUGCGCUCUGGUCCUCCUCUGCGCGCUCUGGGUCUCGCCUCGGACAAACUGCGGCGGAGCGCUGGAUCACUAAAAGUUGGCCGAAUCGGUUUAGUGGUACCGGGCUCGGGGCCGGACUGGUUCGGUGUUUGUUUUCGUCUGGGGAUUGGUUGUGUUGUAUUUUUUAGUUUUUAUUUUUUGGCAGUUUAACCAUGGAGACUCUUAGAGGUCUCCUUGCGCUGCUGUGCGUUUUCCUGGCUGGAGCGCAAAUGCAGACCCAAAAACACAGAUUUGCGGAUUGUCCGGUUGACCUUUUCUUUGUACUGGAUACAUCUGAAAGUGUCGCCCUCAGACAGAAACCUCCCAACUUUUAUAUUGACCAGAUCAAAGACUUCACCAAUCGCUUCAUAGAUGAACUCAAGGACAUGCGCCACCGAUGUGACCGCAUCCUGACGUGGAACUCAGGAGCACUGCACUACAGUGACGAAAGCAUCCUUGUGCGAGAGCUGAGUGACAUGAACACUGAUCGCCAGGCCCUGAAGAAUGACAUCAAUACCAUCAAAUACAUCGGCAAGGGCACAUAUACUGACUGUGCCAUCAAGAGGGGCCUUGCUGAGCUGCUCAUUGGGGGUUCCCACUACCAUGAGAACAAGUACAUGGUGGUAGUGACUGAUGGUCAUCCAAUCACUGGUUACAAAGAGCCAUGUGGAGGCGUGCAGGAGGCUGCUAAUGAAGCCAGGCAACAUGGAGUCAAAGUGUUCGCUGUUGCCAUCUCACCUGAUCAGGAGGACACCAGGCUGUCACUCAUUGCCACAGACGAGAGCCACAGGCAGAACUUCACUGCAGCAGACGACUCCAGAUCCACCAAGAUGGGAACCAUUCGAACCAUCAUCGAUAUGAUCACAAACGAGACAAAGGAUGCGUGUUGCUCUUUCGACUGCAAUGCUCCAGGAGGGCCUAAAGGACCAGACGGAGACACUGGCUCUAAGGGAGAAAGAGGUAGACCAGGGAUGCCAGGAGAGAAAGGAGAUAUUGGUGACAUAGGCAACGUUGGAGAUCCUGGUCCUGUUGGUUACAGUGGAAUGAAGGGAGACCGCGGUGGCAGAGGAGAAAAGGGGGAAAGAGGACACAAAGGCUACAAGGGAGACAAAGGUCAAAGGGGAAAUGAUGGAAUUGAUGGACGCAAGGGUGAAGCUGGUUUCCCUGGUCUUGCCGGCUGUAAAGGAUCUCCCGGCUCAGACGGCCUGCAGGGAGAGCCUGGACCAAAGGGAGACCCUGGUCCUUAUGGACAAAAAGGAACAAAAGGAGAUCCUGGAAGAGACGGCGAAGCAGGAAGGCCUGGAAACUAUGGUCCACUGGGACCUCAGGGUGAUCCGGGCCCUCGCGGAGCCGAUGGGGACAAAGGAGAGCGCGGUGAUGAUGGCGCGCCAGGACCGGAUGGACCUCGCGGGGAGAAAGGACAAGUCGGAGAGAAGGGGGAGCAAGGGUCCCGUGGAAACAGAGGUCCGAGAGGAGAGACGGGGGAGCCAGGACCCCGUGGAGAGCAGGGGAGGGAGGGCUCAGCUGGCCCCAACGGGGAACCUGGCGAGUCUGGCAGGGCCGGGUCUCCUGGCUACAGAGGAGAUGAAGGCCCACCUGGACCAGAAGGACCCAAAGGGCAGAGAGGAAUCAAAGGAGCUCCAGGAGACAGAGGCCAGUUGGGGGAGAGGGGAGAAGAUGGUGUCCCAGGAAAUGGCACCGCAGGUUGUCCUGGUUUCCAGGGUUAUCCUGGGUCCCGCGGAGACACCGGAGAGCCGGGUGGCAAGGGAACCCCUGGACCCAAAGGAGAUGACGGAGAUCCUGGAGAUCCAGGCCCCGAUAACAACGAACCAGGGCUUCCAGGACCUAAAGGGGCCAAAGGUCACAGAGGACCUGAGGGCAAACCAGGACCUCCUGGACCUCCUGGACCACCAGGAACUGAUGAAUGUGAAAUUCUGGAUAUCAUCAUGAAGCUCUGCUCUUGUUGUGAGUGUAAGUGUGCAUCUCUGGACCUGGCAUUCAUUGUGGACAGCUCAGAGAGUAUCGGUACCACAAACUUUGCUCUUGCUAAAGAUUUCAUCAUCACAGUCAUAGACAGACUGGCCAAAGACCAGCAAGUCAAGUUUGCAGGUAAUGAGUCCACAUUGAGUGUAGUCCAGUACAGUGGAUCACGUGCCCAAGAAGUUAUCCGACUGUCCGACACAACUGGUCUCACCGAAUUUAAACAGGCAGUGAGAGACUUGAAGUGGCUGGCUGAGGCCACGUACACAGGCGAAGCCCUUGAAUAUGCUCUGAACAACACAAUCAAGCGGAUGACGAAAGAGAAUCGAGUCGUUCUCGUUCUCACCGACGGACGUUCUGAUAUUUCCAGGGACGAUGUUCCCCUCAGCGUCCUCUGUGGUCAAGGUGUCCAGGUGGGUGGUUUAGGAGUGAAGGACUACUCGGGCCGUCAUCCCAACCAGGAGCAGGUCGGGGAAAUGGUUUGUAAGAGUGACCCCAAACCAGGCUUUUCCUUUGUCCUGGAAAAUUUUGCCGAGCUGCUAGAUGACACUUUCCUGCAGAACCUCACAUCCAGAAUCUGUCAAGAUAAGAGGUGCCCAGACUACAAAUGUCCCAUCUCUUUCACUGAAAGUGCCGAUAUUUUGAUGAUGAUGGACAGCUCGGCCAGUGUGGGCCAGAAGAACUUCGAGACAAGCAAGACCUUUGUGAGCAGCCUGGCCAAGCGUUUCCUGACUGCCGAGAGGAAGAGGGGUGCCACUGUCAGAGUGGGUCUGGGCCAGUACAGCCGAAACGCCCGCAUGGAGCAGGGGCUGACUACCAAUUUGACCCUGCUGUCUUAUCACACUGAGGAGGCGGCAUUCCAAAAUGACGGCACCAACGUGCUAGAGGCCUUGGAUUUUGCCAUUAAGAAUUUACGCGGACGUGGGGACGUAUCGGGAGGCAGGAAGAAGCUGGUGAUGUUCUCCGACGGCAGGUCUCAGGCCGUCACCGAGCCCGUGCUGCAGAAGCGUGUUCGUGAGGUGGCGGACGCCGGGGUGGAGCUCUUUGUCAUUGCUGUUGGCAGCCAAGUCAAUGAAGCCAACCUGCGCACACUGGUGAGCAGGGGGCGGCAGGACGACAUCACCUAUGCCCAGCGCCACCUGUUCCGUGUUCCAGACUACCCCUCUCUGCUCCGCGGGGUCUUCCACCAAACCGUGUCCCGCAGGGUGUCCAUGCCCUGAGUGCAGGGCCCCGAUCAACAGGACAACAUGCUUUAGAUUUUUAGUCCCAUUAUGAAUAUUCACACUCAUUUACCAUACACUGUGUUUGAGUUAUAAAAAAAAAGUCAAAAAACGACAAAUGAUUGUGUGGCAGAUAAUGUAAAUGUCUUUACCCUGAGUUUAUCCUCCAAGGCAGACUAUCUCAGGCUGUGUAUAAAUUCCACCUCCUAUGCUGGGAUCAUUAGACCAUAACCUAAAUUAUGGCGCUAACCUAAAGCAUUUUAGAGUUUUAGCGCUUGUGACAGCACACAACUGGGAGAAAUUACUGCCUGGCAGGCAAAGUUCAGGGUAAAAAAAGUCCCAAUAAAAAGGGGUUGCUUCGGACCUGGAGAGCCAUCAGUAAUGGCCACAAUCAAACUUAUUUCUAUAGGUUUUAAACACAUUUGGCUGAUUUCUACUCAGGUAUUCUGCAUCCCUGCAUCACUUUCAGCUAGGACCCGUGCUUUGACUUACUUUAACUAACUAGUGUGGGUUGAAAAUGGCUCACCAAGGCUACAAUCUCCUGUCUCUCCAGGACCGGAGCUCCUGCCAUUUGAAGGAUUUGUGCUGUUAAUGUGGACUCAUUUUUAUAGCUCUUACCACUCUUUCAAGUGGUGUCAGAUGUGUGGUGUCACAAUUUUACAUAAAAAGAACAUAAGUGAACCAACUGCUAAUGUGAAUUGAAAUAUCAUACACAUUCUUUGGCGAGUGCUUGCUGUACCUAAAUGAUUGUUAAUCUGGAAGGCUGGCUCAUGAUUGGCCAGUCAACUUUAUUUUAGGUUUUGACUUUAUAAAGCAUAUUGAAAAGGUCAGUUGAAAAAGCCAUGACAUAUUCCCAACUUUUUUGAAAACACACACACAACAUCACUUGAAAGCCAGAUCAUAAUUAGAUCACCAAACCGCUAGGGAAAACAGGACAUGACAUCAGGCAGAUUCUAAAACAAACCCAUCAGCACUUCACCUGGUACUAAUGAGGACACGGCAGCUGGACUCAAUGUGUGUGAUUCUAUCCGACUGUGUGAAUCUGUAUGUGUGUGUAUGUGUGAGCACCUCUGUGUGUACAUCAAUAACAUGUAUAUGUGUGUGGAAGUGAUUUUUUUUAUGUGUAGCCUUGGGCGAUGCUGGGGUCACUGGUUCAAAUGAGAGAAUGACAGAAACCUGUUCUUUAUUGUCUGUGCACCAGAGAGGCUUCUGUCAAACACACACACACACACACACACACACACACACACACACACACACACACACUUCGUACUUCAUCAGUGAGGUAGGAAAACAUCUGUCAUGAUUGAAGGCUUGAAAAGAAACCUAAUGGGACUCAUGCCGUGAGUCCCCCGAACAUACAGAAAACACACACACACACACACACUUUUAGAUCCGCUCAACUGUAAGUUCCAUACCUUCAAUUUUGUCAGUGGCCCAGAGUCACUGUACUGUUAUUAUCUGUGGUGCUAUUAGUCUCAGUGUAUCAGCCUCUAACCAUGUUGUUAAAGAAGAUAUUUUUACCUGAGGAUACAAAAUCUCAGUAGUGUUGUAAGAGCUCCUUCAAUAAAGCUUCCUACACCAAA